UGAUCCAGUUAACAUAUUAUACCUGGACUUUCAAAAAGCGUUUGACAAAGUUCCUCAUCAAAGACUCUUGAGAAAACUUAGCAGUCAUGAGAUAAGGAGCCAGGUUCAUGUGUGGAUUGGUAACUGGUUGAAGGACAGGAAAUGCAGUAGGAGAUUUAUCUAAAAAGAGGGAAGGGAAGUAAGAAGUAAAUCCCCCAAGGAUCUGUACUGGGACCAGUGCUUUUUAAUUGAUUCAUGAAUGAUCUAGAAGUUGAGGUAAGCAGUGAGGUGACUAAAUUUGCAGAUGACACCAAAUUUAGGGUAUUCCAAAUUUCACAAUUUAGGGUAGUGAAAUCCAAAACAGAUUGUGAAGAGUUCCAAUAAGAUCUUUCCAAACUGGGGGAGUGGGCAACAAAAUGGUAGAUUUGGUUUAGUGUUAGCAAGUGUAAAGUGAUGCAUAUUGGGGCAAAAAAUAAUAAUAAAAACCAAAUUCACAUAUACGCAGAUGGGAUCUGUGCUGACCAGGAGAUAAGUCUUGGGGUUGGUGGUAGACAGCUUGUUGAAAGUGUCUAGACAAUGUGCAGCAGCUGUGAAAAGGGCAAAUUCUAUGCUUGGAAUCAUUAGGAAGGGGAUUAAAAAUAAAACAACUAAUAUCCUAAUGCCCUUAUACAAAACUAUGGUGCAGCCACAUCUGGAGUAUAGGAGAACCCAAUUUGUGGGAGUUCUGUUCCAGGGGGUGUGGCUGGAUAGUGAAAUUGGGGAUAUUGAGUAAUGAAGUCAAUGGGUUUUCAGGGGUUAGGUUCCAAGACCUGGAAAAUCACAAUAAAUAUAAUUGUUAAAAAAGCAAAAAUGGGCCAAAUAAAGUCUUACUGUGCUCCACAGGUCUAUAGGUGUCCAGCCAUGUCCCCCAAAACUCCCAAAUGGGGGGGGGCUGUGAUUUCCCCUCCUGUUUUUUAAACAAGAUGGCCACACAAAAAAUGACCUCCAUGGUCAUUUCAGGCCCUCUAGGAUCCGUGGGUUUUAACCCUUUCAUAUCCAUGGAUAUAGAGGCUAGGAUUCUCCUGUACUGCGUGCAGUUCUGGUCACAAUAUUAGAAGAAGAUGAUUGUAAAACUGGAGAAGGUGCAGAAGAGGGCAGCCAAGAUGAUCAGGGGCCUAGAGCACCUUCCUUAUGAGCAAGGGCGUGAGGAAAAUAAUGGCUGGUAAUGACCUCUUAAAGAAUCUGCAGAGUAACUUGCAAGAACUGAACGACCUCCGAUCUGCAUAUUUUACAUCAACAAAGCGUCGCUUGGCAUCCACGGGAACAACUACCAAGUUGCUGCUUCGUGACCAACAGCAACUGCCAAGAGAGAAUAUGAACAUCCAGCCAUUUGCUCCUAGGAAGAGUAUCCGCCACCGGAACCCCUACUGGCCUGAUGAAGAAAUCCGGACCUUCAUUGAAAUCUGGGGGGACGACCAGGUCCAAGCAUCCCUGGCCACCAACUUUCGCAAUGAGGCCCAGUAUGAGUGGAUCUCUGACCGGAUGCGGGAAUAUGGCUAUGACCGGGACAUGAAGCAGUGUCGCUUGCGCGCCAAGGAGUUGCGGCGAGGAUACAAAGCCAUAGUCUGUGGCAACAACUCCUCUGUGAGUGGUCAACGCGCCCUGCCGUUCUAUGAUUCCUUGAACAGUUUCCUCUGCAUGCACAAGGGCCUUGUCGUGUCCAAGGUUUCACUCUCUAUAGAUCGGAGGAAUCGAGAAGCACAAAAACUAGGGCUGGAGCAUGAGAAGAAUGAAAAGCUGAGUGUUGUCCUUGUUUCUGAUGAUGAUGAGGCAUCCAUCCCAGAGCCCGCAGAUGACUCCAAUGGCUAUUUUCAGGACCCACGGGUGGAUUCUGACCCUGUGAAUGCUCAGUCCCCAGGUGAUGAAUGGGAGCAGCAUGGAGAAGAUGGCCUUCUGGCAGGUGAUGAGGCUUCGCCCAACUUCCCCAAUGCAAGAGGAGAGAGCCAUACAGCUGCUAAUUCAGGCCCAUCCAGCUCCUUCCCCAGGGCAACCUUGGUUGACGCUGACAGAAUGAGCAACCACUGGAACAGGAAGCAGCGGAAACAAGCCGAUGUGGCUUCAGACCUUGUGGACGCCAUCUCGCACGUGGGUGACAGGCUGGUGAACGCUCUGUCUGAUUUGCACUCAAAACACAGGGAGACUUCUGAGCUUGCACAGACCAGGGAACGUAAUGCCCGCAAGGAGGAAUUUGCCAUCCUUGCAAGCCACGUAGACCAGGCCACAAGAAACAUGGACAAACUCUUCACUCUUAUGGAGACAUCAACCAGACGAAUUGCGGAUGCCAUAGACAGACAAACUGCUGCCUUGGAGAAUGUGGCACGAUUGUUUGCUGCCAGGCUGCCAGCUCCUUCACUGCCCUCGGCAUCCCAAGGGCAGCCUACACUUUCUUCCCCAAAUAUCUCUGCACCGCUCCCAUCCCCAGCAGCACGGCUACCCAGUGCCCUGAACACUUUGGGGGCACAUCACAUUGGUGAUGCUACAACGCCAGAAUCGCCUGCUCCCUGUGAGGCCGAGGAGUGUCAACCAGAAGCAAAAAAAAUAAAAACUGAAGAUGACUAGAAUAAUAUGAUCAUACAGAAAUCCUCCAGAUGUGCUUGUUUUGCUCCCAUUGGGUACAUGAGCCAGCUGGGUUGAUCAGUACCAUGGGGUGGGGGGUGAAUGCUGAUUGUUACUUUUGACCAGGUCUACACCCCAGAGAUGGAAAAUAAGAACAUAAGAACAGCCCUGCUGGAUCAGGCCCAAGCUCCAUCUAGUCCAGCAUCCUAUUUCGCACAGUGGCCCACCAGAUGCCGCUGGAAGCCACAGGCAGGAGUUGAGGGCAUGCCCUCUCUCCUGCUGUUACUCCCCUGCAACUGGUACUCAGAGGUAUCCUGCCUUUGAGGCUGUUGGUGGCCUAUAGUCCUCUGACUAGUAGCCAUUGACAGAUCUCUCCUCCAUGAAGUUAUCCAAACCCUUCUUAUAGCCAUCCAGGUUGUUGGCUGUCACCACAUCUUGUAGCAGAGAAUUUCACAAGUUGAUUAUGCAUUGUGUGAAAAAAUACUUCCGUUUGUUGGUAUCAUCUAAAAUAGAUAAUAGUGUUACAGUGCUUUCAGCUUUCAGUGUGAUAUCAUGCUUUUAUUGUCUUGACCAUCAGCCCUGCAGCAGCCCAAUUAGCAAUGAUGUUUGACAAGCUUUUAAAAAAUUCAACAACAUAAAAACGAUGAUAAAACUGGUUGUCAGGGGAAUGGAAAUAAAAAUUGGCAUGAGUGUCUUCUGAAGUUUACUCCGUAGAGAGAGAGCAACAAUUUAUCCAUUGCUACCCUAAUCCUUUCCUCUGUGCGAAAAUGACUGCAAUUUGGCCCUAAUCUGGGGGUAGGGAUAAAGAGGUGAUAACCCACAGAAAGCUGUUAAGUGCAACUAUGCUGUUACCUAUUUUCCAUCUCUGGGGGGUAGAUGUUGCCAAAAAUCACUAUGAGCAUUUGUCUGCUGAGAUGGUACCAAUGAUCAAAUCUUGUGGGUCAGGUUCAUGGACUAUGAAUGUUCAUCCUUUUUUAUUCUCCCAACGGAAAAGUCAGGAAGAUGAAGGCUGUAACACAUUUCAUUUUUUCUUCAUUUCGUUUGUUCUUUCUUUUUAUAAAUUUGUAGUCAGAUUUUAAGUGUUUAGGGGGGAGGGGGCAGGGAAGGGUAGGUUUCUCCCAGGAUGAUAACAUUGUACAGCUCACUGUCAUUCCAGGAUUCUAUUAUUUGCUUCAUAUUCUGCUGCUGAGUUAUAAGAUUCAGGCUGCAGUUUUAUGCACACUAACUUGGGAGCAUAGGAUCAGGCUGUCAGUGUGGUCUGGAUGUUGGCUUGGGACCUAAAGAACAUGGAUUCAAAAUCUUUGGUUAUGAACUCUCUGGGUGGCCUUGGGCAAGUUCCUCUGAGCCACAAUGUCUGUUACUCCAGAUAAGUAAUAUUAAUGAUUUGCAUCACUUUGUGGCUCUGAAGGUGAGCAAUUUAAGGACUGGAUCACUGUGCACACUAAAGCUGCUCUAGACGAUGUGAGUAGAGCACUCUAUUCUCUGUUGCUGUAUCAAUCCUGUUAUUAAAUCAAGGAAGUGUGUUGCUAACAACGGGCUAUUUUCCUUCCCUGUUUUGCUGGAACUUUGUGCCCAAUGAACCUGUGUCUGAUUGACAAAAGAGAAAAUGUUUGAAAUGGUUGCUGCAGCUGCUCUUGCAAGCUUAAAACCCAAACUCUGUUCUCUUGAGGGUUUUUUCCCUUGCAAGUUACGAGUCAGCCAAAACUACCCAAAGCCAUUUUCCUUUGGUUUGUAGCCUAGGUCAAACGGACCCAUUUAGUUAGUAAGGGAAGCACAACAAGCCUUUGAGUUCUAAAGACCUCUUGCUCAGGCAGUAUGGUCUGCACUGACUAGCACCAGCUCUCCAAGGCUUCAGAGAGGGGUCUUUCUCAUCCCUGCCUGGAGAUGCCAGGGGUUGUACCUAGGCCCUUCUGCAUGUAAAGCAGGUGUCCUACCUCUGAGCCUACGGCCUUGUGUGAAACCAGUACUUCCUUUUAUCUGUUCCAAGCUACUGACAAUCAUAAUGAUGUGGAAGCUGAAUCCUAUAGGGUUCUUGCAGGUUCCUACAUGGAGAAACAACCUGCCCACACCCAUUUUCUCUCCCACGCUCGGACUAUUCAUACAUGGCAUUGUACAUGCAUACAGGUGUCUGAACAUGUUUUUGUAUGAAUGUACAUUUAACUGUAAAAGUGAGCCAGCGAUUGGCUCCCUCAGAUGAAGGGUAGAGAUUGUUGGUGUGUAUGCGUAUACAGUUAUUAAUACUUUGUGUAUACUGCUGUACAUGCACUGAACAUAAUCUGUACAACCAAUAUGUGAAUAGGCCUUUCUUUUUAAGACAUAGUGUAGAGAACUAGACACCUUUAUUCAAAGAUCUGGCUGGUUAUUUCAAGUGUCAUAUAUUUGGCCUUCCUUCACUCUGCAGCUCCUAAGCAUGCACACCUCUUAUCUCUGCCCAUUCCUCUAGGGGUGGCCAAACUCUCGUCUACAGCCAUUGUUCAAAGGAAAGCUGGAAGAAGAAAUGGUCUAGAGCAGUGAAGGCAAGCCUGGGGCUCUCCAGCUGUUGAUGGACUACAACUUCAAUCAUUCCCCAUAACAGUGGCCAAUAGCUAGAAAUGAUGGAAGUUUUAAUCCAACAACAGCUGGAGAGCUUCAGGCUUGCUGUCACUGCUCUAUUUCUUCCAGCUUUCCUUCCCUAGCUCUCUCAGAUCUUGGGAACCAAUGGAAUCUACCUGCUGACUGACAAUCAUUUUAUGCAUUCCUUGUCUGGAACCUUGAGAGAUGGCUUCUUGAACCAUCAUCUAGUACAAAGGCUGCAUAUCUUUGUCCUGUCCCCCCCAGCUAUUGAUGGACUACAACUCCCAUAAUCACCAGCCACAGUGGCCAGUAGACAGGGAUUAUAGAGUUCUAGGCCAAAAUUCUGCAGCCCUGAUCUAGGGUAUGACCCAGAUGCCACUGUUCCAUAAAACCUUCAUCUACCUAUCCAUCUAUCACUCUCCAUUCAAGUUUUCUUGGCUUCCUGCCUCCUUUCCUAGCCCCCUGUUGCUGCUGCCUCCCCCGGACUGUCUGCUUUCUGUACUUCCCUAUGAUCUGAUCAACUUAACCAAUAGCCAGCCAACCAGAGACCUAUCUGCUUGCCUUUCCUUUGUGUCACUUUAGGACAGCUCAACCAAUUAGGUAAGAGAUCUCAUCACAACCCUCUUUCUCAUCAUUCUAAUGACCAAAGGCCAUUGAGGCUGGGGAUAAUAACAUCCAUGUACAGAUGUUGCUGUAGUCCAGCAACUUCUAGGGAUCCAAGGUUGGGGACCCCACCUUAGAUCAUUACAAUGUAAGUUUCAGCAGAGCAGCCAUGUUUCUUGUAGCCAAAAUUACAGAGACCUGUGGCUCUGUAAAGAUGCCAUGUUCAUUAUUGUCAUAAGCUUUCAUAGGCAAGACCCUAGUUAGAUCUAUUGCCAACAGAGCUAGUACCAUGAUGAUUUUACUAAACUUUUAAGGUGCAAAAAAAAAAGUGUGGUUUCUUUUAGGGCACAUGUUUCUCCAACAGAAAAGACACAGAGGGAGAGAUUAAAGAGCAAGGUGUCAGAACUCUAGAUCGCCAUCAGCAUGGAUUUAGGUUAGCAGAGCAGAGAGAUGGAAGGCCUUGCCCAUCUGUUCUAAGUGUGGACAAUACUUGUGAGGCACAAACACUUAACUGAAAAGUGGAGAUAGAGUGCAUUCCUUCCACUUCUCAAAUGCCUAGUUAUUACUGGAAUCUGUGUGCUGUAUUGUGGAUGAUGAGGAUUAUGCUCCACGUAAGUAAUUCAUCCUUUCUCUCUCGCCUUACUUGCAUACCUACCCCACUAAUAAAGUUGGAUAGUAAAAGCUAAAACAAGGUGAUCAGUGAUGGCUUAUUAAGAUGGUAUAUAACCAACCAUUCCCAAAGGUGGUGACGGAUAUGGACAGCCUUCUGGGGAAAGAAGAAGGGUUGUAGGUGCACAGAGAGCCUUCAGCAUCCCUACACUGAAUACAUCUUCAUAAACAUCUAGGAAUCAUAAUCAUCAUCAUCUUGCGCAGUAGACCGGGCAGGGGGGAGCAAUUUCUGCAUCUCCCCUCCCACCAAAAGCCCUUUGCACAUGUAUUAAUAUGUUCGUUCCUCCCACAGCACUAGAACCUGGGGUCAUCCCAUGAAACUGCUGGGAAAACUUAGUACUGACAAAAGGAAGUACUUCUUAGACCAUCCAUAAUUAAUUUAUGGAAUUCUCUGACAUGGAAUGUGGUGAUGACCAGCAGCUUGGAUAAAUUUCAGCAGGGCUUAGACAAAUUCAUGGAGGACAAGUCUAUAAUGGCUACUCGUCUUGAUAGUUAUAGGCUACCUCCAGGCUCCUUAGCAGGAUGCCUCUGAAUGUCAAUUGUAGGGGGCAAGAGAGGGGCAUGCUUUCGUCUCCUGGAUGUGUGGCUUCCCAAGGCAACUGGUAGACCACUGUGUGGUGGAUUAGACAGACAAGGUGCUGGGCUAAAUAGGCCUUAGGCCUGACCCAGCAAGCUGUUCUCAUGCCUGGCCCACUGUGCAGGGACACUGAAGGCUCUACAGACUUGUGGCCCUUCCCUUUCCAGAAGGCUGCAUGUCAUGUCAGCCAUUGUUUAGAUAACUGAGCUGGGGAAGACUGACUUCUGAGUAAAUAGGCUUUGGAUUCUGCUCUACAAAUGAGUUCUGGUCUGAAAUGAGUUGCUUAUGAAUGCUAAGGGUGGGGAAGCAGGAGAACUGUUUUGAAAUGGAAUUGCAUCCUACUCAAUGUACCUUUUCUCAUUUAAUUUCUGAUGGAAGAAAUGCAGAGACCAGUUUGUAUUGUCUGUAAAAAUGGCUGAGCGAUCUCUAUUAAACUUCACAAAACUACA